AUGACGAAAGCAAAAGAGCUACCGGAUCCAGCCCUGACCAGUGAGAAGAAAUUGGUAAUCCCAGUAGGACCCAGGUUUCAGGUUGAUGUUGAUGUUCCAGAUUGGGCCAACUCUCCGAAUAGGGGAACUCCAGUUGUAGCAGCAGAUAAUGCAUUAAGAGCUUCUAUUCCAUCAAUGGAGGAAAUGGUAUGCAAGUAUAAAAAGGAGGAAUCUGAUACUUCAAAAUGGCUUGGUACACUGGUAUGGCCAACAGACGACAACCUAGAAAACAAGGAAGUUAACGAGGCAUUGGUUGGGAAAGGGAGAAACAAACAUUGUUCUUGUAGGUCCCCUGGAUCUUUCGAGUGUGUUAAAAGACACAUUAAAGAAGAAAGCAUGAAGUUGAAGUCUGAACUGGAGACAGCCUUCAAUGUCUGGAAGUUUGAUGAAAUGGGAGGAGAAGUUUCCCAGUUGUGGAACACUAAGGACCAAAAAAGGUUCAGGUCCCUCGUUAAGACGUGUCUGUCUAAAGGCAAAAGCUUCAUGAAACCAGUAUUAUCAUCUUUUCCUUCCAAGAAUAGGCGAAGCAUUGUCAACUAUUACUUCAAUGUUCACAUUCCUCAGCGUAUCAGGUCAAAUAGUAUAACAAUUAACACCGAUGAUGAAGAUGAAGAAGAGGACGAAGAGGAGGAAGAGGAGGUCACUGCUCCCAGACAUUCUCGUAAAAGGUAUCGAGCAAAAAAANGAAGCAUUGUCAACUAUUACUUCAAUGUUCACAUUCCUCAGCGUAUCAGGUCAAAUAGUAUAACAAUUAACACCGAUGAUGAAGAUGAAGAAGAGGAUGAAGAGGAGGAAGAGGAGGUCACUGCUCCCAGACAUUCUCGUAAAAGGAAUCGAGCAAAAAAAGGUGCCUGUUCUAGUUCUAAAUCUCUGAAGACAAAGUACCUAAGUGGUCGACGAUGA